AUGAAUGGGGAUAGGAGGGAUGCCCCCAGGAGUGCGAACCUGAGCUUGAGCUCCGGUAGCCGAAGCCCGCCCGCCCUUCAGUCUAGGGAUCUGCAGAAGCUAGAGCUCAGUUUCAUCGAGCUGAAUAAGGAGCGCGCGAGGCAGAAGGAAUGGAAAAGGCUAAUUCGCGACAUGGUGUUCCAGAGGGGCAAGAUCCCGUUGCUGCUUGCGGUGGAGGCGGGCAAUCAGAGCAUGGUGCGGGAGCUGCUCAGCGCGCAGACGGCGGAGCAGUUGAAGGCGUCGACGCCAGCUGGUGACACCGCCCUCCAUCUGGCGGCGAGGAGGAGAGAUGUGGACAUGUCUCGCAUCCUCGUGGACUAUGGAGCGUCAGUGGACGCGGUGAACGGGGCAGGACAAACCGCUUUGCACAUCGCUGCUGCCGAGGGUGAUGAACCUCUAGUCAAGUACUUCUAUGGAGUACGCGCUAACGCCGCUAUCACAGAUAAUGAAGAUCGAACACCCAUGCACUUGGCGGCUGAAAAUGGUCACGCCACCAUCAUCGAGCUUCUGGCGGACAAAUUCAAGGCGUCGAUAUUCGAAAGAACUAAAGAUGGCAGUACCUUAAUGCAUAUCGCUUCAUUGAAUGGACACGCAGAUUGUGCAAUGAUGCUGUUCAAGAAAGGGGUGUAUCUUCAUAUGCCUAACAAGGAUGGAGCGCGAAGCAUACACACGGCGGCGCGUUACGGUCAUGUGGGCAUCAUCAAUACAUUGUUGCAAAAGGGCGAGAGUGUGGACGUCACGACUAACGAUAACUACACAGCACUCCACGUCGCAGUAGAGUCGUGCAAGCCAGCGGUGGUCGAAACUCUCUUGGGAUACGGUGCCGAUGUGCACAUAAGAGGGGGAAAGCAGCGAGAGACACCACUGCACAUUGCAGCAAGGAUACCUGAUGGUGACAAAUGUGCAAUAAUGCUUCUCAAGUCUGGUGCGGGGCCAAAUAAAGCCACGGAGGACGGCAUGACGCCCGUGCACGUGGCCGCUAAAUAUGGCAACUUAGCAACCUUAUUACUACUCCUAGAGGAUGGUGGCGACCCGCUUAGAAAAACAAAGCUGCGGAAGGUGGUCAUGCAGACGUUGUACGAGUUCUCGUUAGAGCUGGUGCUUCAUGUACUGAUGAGAAUAGAUCAGGAU